GCUGCCGCGCGCCUUGCCCCCGCCGGCCCCGCCGCGCAACCGGCCGCGCAUUUCCAGCCCGGAAAGUACUUCCCGUCGCCGCUGCCGAUGGCUUCGCACACAGCCAGCAGCCGUCUGAUGGGAAAUCCCCCAGCCUCCUCUUUUAUGGGCAGCUUCCUCACCAGCAGCCUGGGAUCCACAGCUUCUGCACACCCCAGUGGCCCUGCGUCCUCUCCCUCUGAGCCAGCCUACCGAGGAUCCCACCCCGCCACCUCCCAGAUCUGGUUCUCCCACUCCCACGAAGCUCCUGCGUACCCCAGAUUUUCGGGGAGUCUGGCAUCUACCUUCCUACCCGUGAGCCACUUGGAUCACCAUGGAAACAGCAAUGUUCUCUAUGGGCAACAUCGUUUCUAUGGAACCCAAAAAGAUAACUUCUACCUGCGAAACCUGCCCCCGCAGCCCACAAUCCUACCUGCCAACCACAAUUUCCCCGGGGUGCCCCGAGCCACUCCUGCCCAUCCCAUUGGAUCCUGCAGCCGGGACCGCAUUGAGGCUGCCCCGCUGCAGAAGGGUCCUAAGGAGUUUGACCGCUUCCUCAUGGGUAAAGAACUGGGCAAAGAGAAAGCCAGCAAGGUAGCAGAGGGCAGAGAACGCCCGGUGGCCGAGGAAGAUAGCAGCAAAGACCGACAAAAGCUGGUGCCACCCAUGCCCACCGAGGGGCCAUGCAAGGAGGGGGGUCCGGCACCCCGAGGGCCCUGUGAGGGCCGCCCUAAACAUCUCACCUCCUGCCUGCUCAACACCAAGGUACUCAACGGUGACAUGGGCAAGGCCUCGCUGGCCAGUUGUGCAGGGGGCAUGCUAGGCCGGUCGGGCACUGGCGUUGCGGCGCCCGGACGCUGUGCCAAGGAGGUGGCGGGCCCUGUGGAGCCUGGGCCAGCCUUCAGCGAGUGCCUGGAGCGGAGGCAGAUGCUGCACCACGCCGUGUCCUACACCGUGCCCUCUGGCCUGCCUUCCGGGCCGCCCCCUCCCCUCAGCACGGGCCCUGCAGGCUCUUUCCCCUGUCUGCAACUACACGCAGGUUCAGAUGGGCUCUGCCCCCUGCAGGACAAAGUCUCCCGGGACCUAAAGGCCAGCGGGCCCACCUUUGUGCCUUCUGUGGGACACCUGGCUGAUAAGAGCCGCCCUUUCCAAGUAGCAGAGGCCUGUGCCGUGGCCGGCGAUGGGAAGGACCGCCACCUGGAGGGGACCAUGGCCCCCGACCAUGGUGCAUCCUACGGAGUCUCCUAUGCCCACCUGAAGGCCGAGGGCAAGGGCGAACGGCGACCUGGGGGUUUUGAGGCAGCCCUCCACCCCCGGCUAAAGGGCCUGGAGUAUCUCAGUGCAGGUCCCGAGGCCCCUUUCCCUGGACUUCCCAAAGGUGGUCUGGACAAAGGUGGCUACUUCGAGUUGCCCGCCCCUUCACAGGACUGUGCCCGGCCCAAUCACCAAGACUCGCUGAGUGGGAAGGCUGCCCAGGCCUGCUGCACUUUAGACAAAAUGACCAGCAAAGAGGUCCCUACUGGUGCUCCGGGGACCCAGAAGGUGGCCCGGAUCCGGCAUCAACAACACUUGGUGGCUCCUGAGGUAGAAUCAGGAGGCAGUGGAGCUGAGGCCAAACGCAAGUCCAUGGAGCUGGCAUCUCUGGGUUAUGGCGGGCCCCAUAUGCCUCCGUGGGGGGUUCAGGCAGGCCACAGCACCUCCAUGGCCGUCAGCGAGGAACGAAAGGGCACUGCCUACCUUGACCCCUUUGGCAGUGGCCUGCAGCAGGCAACCCUCCUGUCCCAGGAGCUCCCCACUCCACCAGAUGAGGUCUCGGCCAUGAAGAAUCUGCUCAAGUACAGCAAUCAAGCCUUGGUUGUGGGCCAGAAGGCUCCCUUUGUGGGUCUGGGUGGCCUCAAAGCCAGCUGUGUCCAGCAGGAAGCCAAGUUCCCAGCCACUAAGGGCCCAGGCCCAGUGGAGAGACCCGACUGUGCCCGCAGCCGGGAACACGAGGCUCCACACGGAGAUGGGGAAGUGCGACAGCCACCCGUGGGCAUUGCGGUGGCCUUGGCCCGGCAGAAGGACACAGUCAGCAGACCUGACACAGCCUACAGUUCCAACAGUGGGCGGCAGGGCAGGGCCGCCCCCACCUUCAAAGCUGCUGCAGGAUCCCGUGCUAACCACGCGCUGGACCUGGAGAGUGAGGAGGAAAGGACCAGGAUGUGUGACGACCGCCUGGGGCUGCCUGGCCGUGAACUGCUCUUACAAGACAACAAAGACCUCGUGGAAUUUGCCCGGAUCCACCCGUCAAGCAGCUGCCCUGGAGACCUGCCCCCCCACCUCAUGAUGCAAGGCGGCCAGCUGGGCGGGGACCCGGCCCCCCACCCCCACCCCACCCACCCCCACUGGCUGCCCCGUACCCGAAGUCCCUCCUUGUGGAUGGGGGGACAUUCUUAUGGCCUCGGACACCCUGCCCUGCACCAGAACCUACCCCCUGGCUUCCCAGCUUCGGUGCCCGGAUCCAUGCCCUCAGUGUUCCCUCUUCCCCAAGAUGCUCCCACUCAGCUGGUCAUCUUGCCCUCGGAACCCACAGCCCACACUACCCCUCACACACUUGCGGAAGUCAUGGAUCAGGCCUCGCUGUGGCCCCCCAUGUAUGGGGCCCGGGGACCUGCCUCACACAUGCAACACCCUGGCCAGCUCCCCGUGUACUCUCGGUCCCAGCUGCUUCGGCAGCAAGAGCUGUAUGCGCUGCAGCAGCAGCAACAGCAGCAGCAGCAACAGCAGCAGCAGCAGCAGCAACAACAGCAGCAACAGCAGCAGCAGCAGCAGCAGCAGCAGAGGGCCACCCAGGCUCUGGAGCUACAGCGAGCUGCCCAGUUCCAGCGCAAGCCUGAGGAUCGCCACAUGGAGCUGGAGGAACCUGCCCAGGAGAAGGCCCCAAAGUCCACCCACAAGCCAGUUGCCUUAACCCCCAUGGCCAAGGGCACCCCCUCAUCUGCCACUACAGGCCCGGUCAAGCUCUCGCCCUGCUGCCACUCACCCACUCUGAAGACUCCUGCUGGUUGCGCCACCUCACCGCCACCUCGGCCCAGCGCCCCCUGCACUUUAUCUGUCUGCCCUACUGGCAGCCCAGGGCCUGGCUCCAAGGUGCCUGGCACCAAGGACAAGAGUGGGGAGGGCCAGCGGGCUGGAGCCAACCUCACCACACUGGAACCAGACCUGCCUCCGGGACUGAACCCCACAGCUGCUGUGGACUUCUCCCUCCCUGCAGACAUGCACUCCUCCGACCUCCCAGACCCCAAAACUAUGCAAACCACUACCCCAGGAACUCGGCCUGAGCCCACAAGGACGUUCCUGCCUGGGGAGCCACCCCCCUGCAGCCCCAGGAGCCUGGAGGAGCCUGGGCUGCUCUCAAGGGCCAGGGAGGCCACCCAGGACCUUGUCAUCACACCCCACCCUGUCGAGCAGGGACUCCCACCAGGAAAGGCAGAGGACCCCAGUCCUCUUGAGGGGUUGCAAGCACUGAGAUUUGGAGACCUCCUUGAGGGAGGGGGCACUGAGGCUACUGGCCAGACUAAUUCUUCUCAGGGAGGGUUGCAAAAUGAGGGGACUGUGGAUCGGGGGGUGCCACGGCCCCCUUUGGGGGCUCCCCCUCAAGCACUGGAACAGAUGACUGGGAGCCCAGUUGCCCUGGACAAGGAAGAAGGUUCACAGAUGGUCCCUGAUGCGACCCAGCUGCAGGAGGAGGAAACCCAGCUGGAGGAGAAUGGGGGAGACUCAGAGGUGGACUUGGGGACUCCCCGCCACAGCCACCCACCCAAAGCACUACCAGGCUUGGAUGCCUUGGUGGCUGCCACUGUGGACUUAGGGGACCUGCCUGACAUCAGCCUGCCAGAUCCUCAGACCCCAGCAGCCUCGGUGCCCCUUAGCACGGCCCCUCUGCCCCAUACCUCAGGGAUUCAUGGGAUUGCCCUGCUCAGUGAGCUAGCUGACCUGGAGAUCCAGCGACAGAAGAGUGAGCUGGCCAUACAAGCAGAGGAUGAGGAUGUACUGGCCUUCAACCUGCAGCACCUCGCCACCCUGGCCACAGUGUGGUCCCUAGUGGAGGCUGCUAGCCUGGACAGCGCGGUCACUUCACUGCAGGCCCCAGCUGCUGACCCAGACAGAGGCCCCAGGCUCACCCCUAGAAUGCAGAUUCUACAACGCAAGGACACCUGGGCCCCUAAAACCAAGCCCGUAUGCCCCCUGAAGGCUGCCAUCGACCGGCUGGACACACAGGAAGUAGAGGUGCGCAUGCAACUGGCAGAGCUGCAGCGGCGCUACAAGGAGAAGCAGCGGGAACUGGCGCGCCUGCAGCGCAGGCAUGACCACGAGAGAGAGGAGAACUCCCGGAGUCCUGCACGACGUGGGCCUGGCCGGCCAAGGAAGCGCAAACAUUCAAGCUCACUGCCCACUCUGCGUCCUGGGGGUCAGCUUGCCAGGAGCGAAGGCAAGAAAGCAAAAGCCGUCCGUGCUAGCCUGAGUCUGCUGUGUGCUGAGCUACGAGGCGAUGCGCCCACAAGGAAGCGAAGCAAACUGGAAAAGAGUGCCUACACAGGCCUGCAGACAGCCUCCUCGGAGAAGGUGCGGUGCAAGAGGAGUGGUGGCCAGGCCGAGUUGUCGUCCUCCGUGGCCCACAGGGUGGCCCAGCUGAAGCCACGAGUCAAGAGCAAGGGGCUUCCCGCAGGCCUCGCUGCUUUCCAGCGCAAAGAGGCUGCCCCAGGUGGGCGCAUCCGGAAGAAGCUCUCUAGAGCCAAGAGUGUCCAAGUGUCAGGGGCAGCACAGCAUCCACACCCCGAUGGGGACAGUGGCAGGGGCAUGCCCAAGUUCCCAGCCCAGCCAUCAGUGGCUGUGGCGCAGGAGGCAGGCAGCGGCUAUGACAGUGAGGACUGCCAGGCACUCCUGGGGACAGAGGCGGCUUCCAGGGAGCCUGGGUUGGUGCUGCACCAAGGGGCCAGUGUGGCAGUGCUGGGUCCCUCACCUUCCUCCGUGGUCAAGAUGGAAGCCAACCAAAAGGCCAAGAAGAAAAAGGAGAGGCAGGGUUUGCUAGGGGCCUGCCGCCUAUCCAGCCCCGAGGGUGAGGUCAAGAUCAAGAGACGGACAGUGAAAAGCAAGGUGGGCCCCAAGCUGGAGCGGCCCCCAGGUGCACCAGGCAAGAAGAAAGCCAAAGGCAAGGCAAAAAGUGGCCUUUGUGCCGAGCCUGGGGCAGCCACCGGCAGGGAUGCCCUUUUCAGCCCCACGCGGACCUUUGCUUGCCGUGAGGAAGGCAACAAACUUGCCAGUGAGCGCCUCAAGAGAGCCACGCGCAAGAGCGCCAUGUUGCAGCCAGUACUGAGGCGGAAGAAUGGGGCCUUGUCCCUUGCCCUGUCGUCCCGAAACGCCAAGGCCAUCCUGGGAAAGAGCAGGAAGCUGACGAAGGUGAAGAGAGAGACAGUCAGCAAGCAGGGCCAGGGCCGAGCUGUGAGCCGACUGCUGGAGAGCUUCGCUGUGGAGGACGACUUCGGGUUUGAUGAUGACAGCAGCUUCUCGGAUGAGGAAGAGGAAGAGGAGGAGGCCGGCGUCCAGCUAAGUGCAGAGCAGAGUGCUGCCCUUGCACGGUCCUGCACUAUCCACAAGGAGGACCUGCAGGACGGACUCCCUGUACUGAUCCCUAAGGAAGACAGUCUGCUGUACGCGGGCAGCGUCAGGACCCUGCAGCCCCCUGAUAUCUACAGCAUUGUCAUCGAGGGUGAGAGAGGCAACCGGCAGCGUAUCUACUCCCUGGAGCAGCUGCUGCAGGAGGCGGUCCUUGAUGUCCGGCCACAGUCCAGUCGGUACCUUCCGCCUGGUACCCGGGUCUGUGCCUACUGGAGUCAGAAGUCUCGGUGCCUGUAUCCGGGCAACGUGGUUCGAGGUGCUUCUAGUGACGAAGAGGAGGAUCUGGACUCGGUGGUGGUGGAGUUUGACGAUGGCGACAGAGGCCACAUAGCUGUCUCUAACAUCAGAUUGCUGCCGCCAGACUUCAAGAUCCAGUGUACUGAACCCUCUCCAGCCCUGCUCGUGUCCAGCAGCUGCCGGAGAACCAAAAAAUCAUCAAGUGAGGCCCCCCAACCCAGCGAAGCUCCUUCUCCCAGCCUGUCCCCCAAAGUGCAGGAUGGCCCCGAAACUUCCAAGACCCCAGGGAAGAAAUCCAUCAGCAAAGACAAAGCCGGCAAAGUCGACCUCCUAACCUCAGGUGCCAAGUCCCCCACGGGGGCCUCAGACCACUUCCUGGGCCGCAGGGGCAGCCCUCUGCUGAGCUGGUCAGCAGUGGCCCAGACCAAGCGGAAAGCAGUGGCCGCUGCAGCGGCAGGUGGCAAAGGGCCGGGGGUGCUGCAGAACCUCUUUCAGCUCAACGGAAGCACCAAGAAGCUGCGUGCCCGGGAGACGCUGUUUCCCGUGCACAGUAUGGCAACACCCGUGUUUGGUAACAGCUUCCGCGCUGACUCCUUCAGCAGCCUGGCCAGUUCCUACACACCCUUUGUCGGAGGGGCUGCUGCAGGCCUGCCAGGGGGAGCCCACAAGCUGCUUCGGGCCAAGAAGGCUGAGCGGUCAGAAGCAGAAAAGGCAGGGAGACGGCGGACGGGCAGUGAGUUCCUGGUUAAGCUGGACCAUGAGGGUGUGACCUCUCCUAAGAACAAAAACUGCAAGGCUCUGCUCAUGGGCGACAAGGACUUUGGCCCCAAGCUGGGGAGGCCGCUAGCCAGCCCCAGUUAUGCACACCCAGCCCUCAUGGGCAAGGACAAGAAGGGGCGGGCGCCUGUGCACCCACUACCGAUGGGACUAGCUCUGCGCAAGUACCCGCUGCCCUGCGACAGUGACUGCCCCAGCUCCUACUCGGAUGAGGAUGAGGAUGGGCCGGGGCUGGCCACUGGUGUGCCCUCCCGCUUCCUCACCCGCCUCUCCAUGUCCUCCUCCUCGUCGGGAUCCUCCACGUGCUCCUCCUCAGGCUCCGUGUCCACCUCCAGCCUCUGCUCCUCGGAUAACGAGGACUCCUCCUACAGCUCAGACGAUGAGGACCCUGCCCUGCUGCUACAGACCUGUCUCGCCCGCCCUGUCCCCGCCCUGCUGGCGCCACCUGAAGCCCUGCGCUCCAAGGGUAGCAGCCCCCAUGCCCACGCCCAGCGCUGCUUCCUGUCCAGGGCCGGUGUGACUGGUGCAGGCGCUGGCGCUGGCCCCAGUGGUGUUAAAUCCAAGUUUAAGCGCAAGGAGGCCCUGAGCUUCUCCAAAGCCAAAGAGCUUUCUCGGAGGCAACGGCUGCCCUCCGUGGAAAACCGGCCAAAGAUCUCGGCCUUCCUGCCUGCCCGGCAGCUCUGGAAGUGGUCGGGGAACCCCACACAGAGGCGAGGCAUGAAGGGGAAGGCCAGGAAACUCUUCUACAAGGCCAUUGUCAGAGGCAAGGAGACGCUGCGCAUCGGGGACUGUGCGGUCUUCCUGUCGGCCGGACGACCCAACCUGCCCUAUAUCGGCCGCAUCGAGAGCUUGUGGGAGUCAUGGGGCAGCAACAUGGUGGUGAAGGUCAAAUGGUUCUACCAUCCCGAGGAGACCAAGCUGGGGAAGCGGCAGUGUGAUGGGAAGAACGCCCUGUACCAGUCCUGCCACGAGGAUGAGAACGACGUUCAGACCAUCUCCCACAAGUGCCAGGUGGUCGGGCGGGAGCAGUAUGAGCAGAUGAUGCGGGGCCGCAAGUACCAGGACCAGCAGGACCUCUAUUACUUGGCGGGCACCUACGAUCCUACCACCGGACGCCUGGUGACAGCCGACGGUGUGCCCAUCCUGUGCUGAGCUGCCUCUGCCUCUGCCCACCCUCGUCCAUGGCUGCGGCCAAGAGGUCGGCUAGCCAGGAGCUGGUCUGAGCAAAUAUGCAAUCCUCCAAGGCGGGGUUAGGCUUCUCCUCGCGGUUCUCUGGAGAGGGUUCCUAGGCUGGACUCCGGUCCCAUCCUAGCUGCUCCAGAGGGAGGGCCAGCUGGUCCCACGGGGAUUGGCUGCCCUGCCCCUGCACCGCAGUUCUCGAGAGAUUAGAAUCCAAGCCAUAUUUCCCUAGUACCUCCGACUGUCUCCCACCAGGGAAAGCAGAAAUCAGGUGUGUUGUCUAUUUAUUUCUCUAUGUAAAUAUUGUAUUUCUGUGGGGAAGUUUUAUUGGGGAAAAAAUGGAAAAGGAUUCUUUUUUUCCCCACCUUCGUGACAAGGGUGGGGAGCGUGAGAAGGGUGUGUAUGUAUGCACAUGCACACAUACGUGUGUGUGUGUGUGCAGGGUGCGUGUGCGUGCGCAUAGGGUGCGUGCAGGGUGUGUGUGUGUGUGUGUGUGUGUGUGUGUGUGUGUGUGUAGGGUUUUGUCCUGGGGUUUUCUUUGGAAAUGCACUGUUCUCAGCCUAGUUGAAUUCCAACAGGGGCAUCUGUGACUGCAGAGGCUGCUGGAAUGGGGGCAAGGCCAAAGGCCAUGGGAUGGUCACACGAGACCCAGUCACAUCCUCUAGUCUCUCGACAUGGGGGGCCAACUGUGUGAAGGAAAUUACACUCCGGUUAUUUCCUUUCAAUACAUCCCAUACAUAGAUGUAUUGGGGUGGGGCGGUGAUAGUGGUCCCCAGGAAGGAAAGGGGUUCCAGCCACAGGAUGGAAACAGCCAGGAUCGGCCUGCCCCACUCUGCGGCCUAGGAGUAUGGCAGCAGCCAUAUAUAUCUUACCUCUGUUUGAAACAAAACAAAUGAACAAAUAUUUUGAAGUAUCAAUAAGAAACAUGGAUGUUUAGGCUUCCUUUCCUGAAUAUUCCGAGUUAUCUCUGGUUUCCGUUCCCACAGCCGGUUUGUUGCAGGGAGAGAAGCCUGGCCUCACUCAAGCAGGGUGUAGUUGGCCCCUCGCCCCCUCUCCACCCCUACCACUUCUCAGCCUCUUCCUUAACCUUCAGGGCACCAAUUGCCUCCCCCCUCCCAAGAGCAGCAGGGGCUUCCACAAUGGUGCAGCUGGGCCAGGUCCCUUCUGGGCCCGAACUUGGGGCCCACCUGGGACUGGUCCACAGUUUUUCAUGAGUACCUCUUCACCAACGGGACUCCCCUUUUCCCAUCGGACUUUCCCUGCUCCCCCCCCCCCCACCUCUGGCUAACCUCAAGUGUGGAUGAUGGUGAGGCUGGGCCAGAGGUGCUGGCGUAAAAAGGAACAGUAGAUCGGCAGGUGCUGCUCACCCAAGGGGAAGAGGCCCAUCCGGUUCCCUUUCUCUUAACCCACAUCCUGGUCCUGCGACCCCUCUGUCCACCCCACCCCUCGUGAUGGUUUCUGGACCUUUUUCUAUAGCCACUCAGCAGGGCAGAUGGCAUGGCAGGAUCAUGCAUGGAGUAUAUAUCAAGAGUCCCUUCUGGCCCCUUGUGCCCACACCCUGGCCCCAGCAGCCCUUCUUAUCCCAUUAUGGGAAGAGCGGGCUAGACCUCAGAAAUGCCUUGUGGCACACAUGCUCCCCAAAGCCCCGCCAGGCCAGUGUUUCCUAGGAAGCCAGGAGUAUUGAGAGGCGCCUGCCCUAACUGGGACCCUUCAGCCUCCCUUCCUCUGCUCAGGCCUACCAGGCAUCUGUCCCAGUUCCAGGGACUUCAUUUCUCACAGUCGUCGCUCAAGGGCCCUCUCGGGGUACCCCAUUCCCGGCUGUCCCACACCCUGAGGCUUUCUGUUCUCCACAUGAGUGCAAUAUUUCAUUCCUGGCGGUCGUCGGAAGAGAUGGCCACCAAGGUCCUACUCACGGUUAAGGAAUCAGAAAGACGGUGAGCGAAGAAACAGGCGCCAGGACUGGCGCUCGGAAGGUGCUGCUGCUCAGAGUCCCCAUACCCGGGGCACCAGAGCACGCAGAAAGGCUGAUCUGUGGGCCGCCUUCUGGAUGUUUCUUUCUCCCUCUGCUGAGCUGUCCUCUCUGUCUUUACCCCCCCCCUUCCUUUCUGUGUGUACACGCUAAUGGCGUGACCCCCUCCUCCCCAUCCGUGGCUAACCGUGGCGGAAGCACGAUUCUUGUAAAUGUGUAAACUAAGAGGCGGGUUGGAUUUUUUUUUCAAUGUAAACACUAAAUACAAAACAAACAAAAAACACAAAGGUUUUAUGAACAGCAAACUCUAUGUAAAGGCAUUUUAGUAUUAAAUUUUUUAUUGAUAACUUGCUUAAGAAUAAAUAUAUGAACUAUUGUA